CUCUCUUGCAGAUUGGCACAGAAGCAUCCCCAUUUCAGCACAAGGCAAUCAUCACCUUGCACGGGCAUCUGCGAUCUCCUGAGCUCCCUGUGUAUGGGGCCAAAACACUGGCUGUGCGAGAGGGACUCCUGGAUCUGCACGGUCUGCCUGUUCCUGUGGUCUGGACUCAUCUGGCUCAUACUGCAAAGGCAGGAGAAAGGACUUUGAUUUUACAAGAAGCAGUAACAUGGAAAGCAGGAGACAGCAUUGUAAUUGCAAGCACAGGGCACAGACACAGUCAAAAAGAGAAUGAAAAAAGGAUCAUCGCGUCUGUAUCUGCUGAUGGCAAAAAUGUAACGCUAACCAAGCCACUGAAUUACACACACUUAGGAGUUACUGUCACACUCCCCGAUGGAACACUGUUUGACGCAAGGGCAGAAGUUGGAAUCCUUACGAGAAAUAUUUUAAUAAGAGGAUCUGAUAAUGUGGAGUGGAAUAACAAAAUUCCAGCAUGUCCUGACGGAUUCGACACAGGUGAAUUUGCUACACAAACUUGUCUCCAGGGAAAGUUUGGAGAAGAAAUAGGAAGUGACCAGUUUGGAGGUUGCAUUAUGUUCCAUGCUCCCGUCCCUGGUAUUAACAUGGUAACUGGAAGGAUUGAAUAUGUAGAGGUGUUCCAUGCUGGCCAGGCUUUCCGAUUGGGGCGAUAUCCAAUUCAUUGGCACCUGCUGGGAGAUUUACAGUUUAAAUCUUACGUUAGAGGCUGCGCAAUUCACCAGACCUAUAACAGAGCUGUCACUAUCCAUAACACACAUCACCUUCUGGUGGAGCGAAAUAUCAUAUAUGAUAUCAAGGGAGGAGCAUUUUUUAUAGAAGAUGGAAUUGAACAUGGCAAUAUUCUGCAAUAUAACUUGGCGGUAUUUGUACAGCAAAGUACUAGUCUUCUGAACGAUGACGUGACCCCAGCUGCAUUUUGGGUAACCAACCCGAACAAUACCAUACGACACAAUGCAGCUGCUGGUGGCACUCACUUCGGCUUUUGGUAUCGAAUGAACAACCACCCUGAUGGGCCAUCCUAUAACCGAAAUAUAUGCCAGAAAAGAGUGCCACUGGGAGAAUUCUUUAACAACACUGUUCAUUCUCAAGGUUGGUUUGGACUGUGGAUCUUUGAAGAAUAUUUUCCCAUGCAAACAGGAUCAUGUACUUCUGUAGUGCCAAUGCCUGCAAUAUUUAACUCACUUACUACUUGGAAUUGUCAAAAAGGAGCCGAAUGGGUCAAUGGAGGGGCCCUUCAGUUCCAUAAUUUUGUGAUGAUAAAUAAUUAUGAGGCUGGAAUUGAGACCAAGAGGAUUCUGGCUCCUUAUGUUGGAGGAUGGGGUGAGACCAAUGGAGCAGUGAUUAAAAAUGCCAAAAUAGUUGGUCAUCUUGAUGAACUGGGAAUGGGAUCUGCAUUUUGCACCAUGAAAGGCCUGGUUCUCCCAUUUAGUGAAGGUUUGACUGUAUCUUCCGUACACUUUAUGAACUUUGACCGGCCCAAAUGUGUAGCAUUGGGAGUGACAUCUAUCACUGGCAUUUGUAAUGAGAGAUGUGGAGGUUGGAGUGCAAAAUUUGUGGACAUCCAGUAUUUUCACACACCGAACAAGGCUGGCUUUCGAUGGGAACAUGAAAUGGUACUGAUUGACAUCGAUGGUUCACUUACAGGGCACAAAGGACACACUGUCAUUCCACACAGCUCCUUGCUAGACCCUUCUCACUGUACUCAGCAGGCUGAGUGGAGCAUCGGGUUUCCUGGAUCAGUCUGCGACGCCUCAGUCAGCUUCCACCGGUUAGCAUUCAACAAGCCUUCCCCAGUAUCUCUACUAGAAAAGGAUGUGGUUCUUUCAGACUCUUUCGGCACAAGCAUUAUUCCUUUUCAGAAGAAACGACUCACUCAUACGUCUGGAUGGAUGGCUUUGAUUCCAAAUGCGAAACACAUUAACUGGUAUUUUAAAGAUGUGGAUCACAUAACUAACAUAUCCUAUUCAUCAACAUUCUAUGGAUUUAAGGAAGAAGACUAUGUAAUUAUAUCACAUAACUUUACUCAAAACCCUGAUAUAUUUAAUGUUAUUGAUAUGAGAAAUGGUUCUUCAAAGCCUUUGAACUGGAAUACUAGCAAGAAUGGAGAUUGGCACCUUGAAGCAAACACGAGUACUCUGUAUUACUUGGUGUCAGGAAGAAGUGACUUUCAUCAGAGCCUGCCCAUUUCUGCAACCCUGGAUCCUGGUGUGAAAGAUGUUAUUAUUAAUUUCCAGGCUUACUGCUGUAUUCUCCAGGAUUGUUUUCCUGUACAUCCUCCAUCAAGAAAACCAAUUCCCAGGAAGCGACCAGCCACAUAUAAUCUGUGGUCAAAUGAUUCUUUUUGGCAAUCAUCUCAUGAAAAUAAUUAUUCUGUACCUUACCCGGGAGCAAAUGUGGUUAUUCCUGAAGGAACAUGGAUUGUAGCUGACACAGAUAUGCCACCAAUGGAAAGGCUUAUUAUUUGGGGAGUUCUAGAACUGGAAGAUAAAUAUAAUAUGGGAUCUGUAGAAUCUUCUUACAGAAAAGUGAUUUUGAAUGCUACCUACAUAUCACUGCAGGGAGGUAGAUUAAUCGGUGGAUGGGAAGAUAACCCUUUUAAAGGAGAAUUACAAAUUGUUCUUAGAGGAAAUCAUUCUACCCCAGACUGGGCUCUUCCAGAAGGACCAAAUCAAGGGGCAAAGGUCUUAGGUGUGUUUGGUGAGCUGGAUCUUCAUGGAAUUCCACGUUCAAUAUAUAAAACGAAACUGUCUGAAACUGCAGCGGCAGGUUCCAAAGUUCUGUCUCUGCUGGAUGCCGUGGACUGGCAGGAGGGAGAAGAGAUUGUGAUAACAACUACAAGCUAUGAUUUACACCAGACAGAAAUUAGAAGUAUCGUCAAAAUCCUGCAUGGUAACAGAAUUAUAAUUCUUAAUGAAAGCCUUUCCUACACUCACUUUGCGGAAAGAUACCAAGUCCCUGGAACAGGUCAGAGCUACACAUUAGCGGCUGAUGUUGGGAUACUGAGUAGGAACAUCAAAAUAGUUGGUGAAGAUUAUCCAGGCUGGUCCGAGGAAUCUUUUGGUGCACGUAUCCUGGUUGGCUCAUUCACUGAAAAUACGAUGACAUUUAAAGGAAGUGCAAGAAUAAGUAAUGUGGAGUUUUAUCACAGUGGUCAAGAGGGUUACAGGGAUAGCACAGAUCCAAGAUAUGCUGUAACAUUUCUUAACCUUGGACAGAUUCGAGAAAAUGGCUCAUCAUACCUUCGAGGCUGUGCUUUUCACCAUGGCUUCUCCCCAGCAGUUGGUGUGUUUGGGACAGAUGGAUUGGACAUAGAUAAUAACAUCAUUUACUUUACAGUGGGGGAAGGUAUAAGAAUAUGGGGGGAUGCCAACAGAGUCCGAGGAAAUUUGAUUGCACUUUCGGUUUGGCCAGGAACCUAUCAGAACAGAAAAGAUUUAAGUUCAACUCUCUGGCAUGCAGCUAUUGAGGUAAACAGGGGGACCAAUACAGUCUUACAAAAUAACGUAGUUGCUGGAUUUGGAAGGGCAGGAUACCGCAUUGAUGGUGAACCUUGCUCAACUCAAUCUAAUCCCAUGGAAAAGUGGUUUGACAAUGAAGCCCAUGGAGGUUUAUAUGGUAUCUACAUGAACCAAGAUGGCCUUCCUGGGUGUUCUCUUAUACAGGGAUUUACCAUCUGGACAUGCUGGGAUUAUGGGAUUUAUUUCCAGACCACAGAGAGUGUACAUAUCUAUAAUGUGACCCUGGUUAACAAUGGAAUGGCCAUUUUUUCCAUCAUUUACUUGCCAGCUGCUGUAUCUCAUAAAAUUUCCAGUAAAAAAGUGCAAGUUAAGGACUCAUUGAUUGUUGGAAGUAGCCCUGAAUUUAAUUGCUCUGACAUCCUAACUAAUGAUGAUCCCAAUAUUGAACUCACUGCUGCCCAUCGGAGUCCCAGACCUCCAUCAGGUGGGAGAAGUGGGAUUUGCUGGCCUACCUUUGCUUCUGCACAUAACAUGGCACCCCGGAAACCCCAUGCGGGGAUCAUGAGUUAUAAUGCUAUCAAUGGCCUUUUGGACAUCUCAGGCUCAACAUUUGUUGGAUUUAAGAAUGUUUGUUUAGGAGAAACUAAUGUGAUAUUCAUUACUAACCCUUUAAAUGAGGAUUUACAGCAUCCAAUCCAUGUGAAGAAUGUACAACUGGUUGAUACUACUGAAAAAUCAAAAAUAUUUAUUCAUAGGCCUGAUAUAAGUAAGGUGAAUCCAUCUGAUUGUGUAGACAUGGUUUGUGAUGCCAAAAGGAAAUCAUUGCUCAGAGACAUGGAUGGCUCUUUUCUGGGGAAUUCUGGUUCAGUGAUCCCUCAAGCAGAAUAUGAGUGGAAUGGAAACAGACAACUAGGAAUUGGAGACUACAGAAUUCCUAAGGUGAUGCUCACAUUUUUGAAUGGAAGUAGAAUCCCAGUCUCUGAGAAAGCACCUUACAAAGGAAUUAUCAGAGAUUCAACCUGUAAGUACAUUCCAGAGUGGCAGAGCUAUCAGUGUUUUGGGAUGGAAUAUGCGAUGAUGGUUAUCGAAAGCCUGGAUUCUGACACAGAAACACGAAGACUUUCACCAGUGGCUGUAGUGAGCAAUGGUUAUGUUGAUCUCAUUAAUGGCCCACAGGAUCAUGGCUGGUGUGCUGGAUACACAUGCCAGAGAAGACUGUCCCUGUUUCAUAGCAUUGUGGCUCUGAACACAUCUUAUGAAGUUUACUUCACGGGUACCAGUCCUCAGAAUCUUCGACUGAUGUUGCUUAAUGUUGACCAUAACAAGGCUGUUCUGGUAGGCAUUUUUUUUUCUACACUUCAGCGUUUGGAUGUCUAUGUGAACAAUUCAUUGGUCUGUCCCAAAAAUACAGUAUGGAACACCCAUCAGAAGUUCUGUGAACUCAACGGGCAUCCUUACACAGAGAAAUUCCUUCCUAAUCUGGAUUCUACUGUCUUUGGCGAAAACUAUUUUGAUAGAACCUACCAGAUGCUUUACAUUUUGGUUAAAGGAACUACACCUGUUGAAAUCCACACUACCACAGUCAUAUUUGUCUCUUUCCGAUUACCUGCUGUAACAGAGGAUGACUUUUAUAGCUCUCAUAAUCUGGUUAGAAAUCUUGUGUUGUUCCUAAAGAUACCAAAUGACAAAAUCCGUAUUAGCAAGAUAGUAAGACGAAAGAGUCUACGGAGGAAGAGAUCCAUGGACCUCAUCAUGGAGUUAGAGAUUGGGGAUCCUCCUUCUCAGUUCUUCAACAGCAACACCACAGGUCAGAUGCAAUUGUCUGAACUUCAGGAAAUUGCUGAUUCUCUUGGACAAGCUGUAAUUUUAGGAAAAAACAGUAGUAUAUUUGGAUUUAAUAUUUCUUCUAUGUCUAUAACCAAUCCUAUCCCCAGCACAAGUGGUGCUGACUGGAUUAAGGUGACUGCCCAGCCAGUGGAAAGGUCUGCAUUUCCUGUUCAUCAUGUGGCCUUAGUGUCCUCGCUUUCAGUGGUCACUCAGCCGAUGGCAACACAACCAGGACAGCCAUUUUCUCAGCAGCCUUCAGUAAAGGCAGUGGAUUCUGAUGGUAAUUGUAUAUCAAUUGGGAUUACUUCACUGACUUUGAAGGCCUUACUAAAGGAUUCCAGUAAUAACCAAAUCAGUGGUCUUAGUGGAAAUACAACAAUUCCAUUUGACAGUUGUUGGGCCAACUAUACAGACCUUAUUCCUCUUAGAACAGGAAAAAAUUUUAAGAUUGAAUUUAUGCUGGAUAAUGUUGUUCGGGCAGAAUCCAGAACUUUCAACCUGCCAGCACAGUCUGUCUCUAGCAGUAGCAGCGGUAGCAGCAGCAGUGGCAGCAGUAGCAGCGGCAGCAGCAGCAACAAAGCACCAACUGUGGGGGCCUCUACCCAGACAGUGACUCUAGUAAUUAGCUGUCUUAUAGGAAGAAUGUUGCUCCUGGAAAUACGUAUGACUGCAGUUUUUAUUUUGAAUGUAGCCAUAGGAAGCUACUGAAGUGCUUUUCUGGAAACCAGGCUGAAAAAAAUAGAAGAAUUGUUUAUUUAUCAGCUAUUUUGUUAUACAAGUUUAUAGCAUGUUCAUGAAAAUAUGCUAGAAUUACUUUGUAAUAGUAUAAAAUGUACUAAUUAGCUCUAAUUACAAAAUCUAAUUUCUUCAAAGUAUAAAUUAAUUUUGA